AUGGCAGAAGGACGCCCCCACGAGCCAACUCCUGGCUCCAAAACCGACAUCAUGGAUGAACCCACCAUCACACACGCUGAAUCAAGCGUUAGCCGCAGCAAAUGGAAAUCUGCUAAAUCCAAGGAUGGCGAUGCCGCUAUGGCCCUAUUCGAUGACCCGGAUGAACUACAUGAGGAGGUCGACCCAGAGGAAGCACGGAAAAUAUUACGGAAGAUUGAUUUCAUGAUCUUACCAUACCUAGCUGUGUGCUACGCUUUUUUCUAUAUUGACAAGACUACCUUGAGUUAUGCGGCGAUCUUCGGUAUUAAAGAUGAUCUCAGUCUUCAUGGAACUCAAUACAACUGGCUAAGCAGUAUCUUUUACUUUGGGUUUUUGGCUUGGGCAUUCCCAACUAACUUCCUGAUGCAAAGACUUCCAAUCGGAAAAUAUCUUGGAGUAAACAUUUUCAUGUGGGGAGUUUUUCUCAUGAUUCAGGCAGCAUGUAACAGUUUCGAAACUCUCGCUGUCCUCCGGGCUCUCGGGGGAGCUGCAGAAGCUUGUUCUGAUCCGGCAUUCAUGCUCAUCACAAGCAUGUGGUAUACACGCCGUGAGCAACCCGUACGAAUCGGGUUGUGGUAUACGGCCAAUGGAAUCGGAAUCGCUCUUGGCGGCCUACUAGGCUACGGUAUUGGUCAUAUUCGAGGAUCUUUGCCGUCUUGGAAAUACGAGUUUCUUAUCAUUGGAGCCCUUUGCGCUACUUGGGGAAUCGUCAUGUUCAUCUUCCUUCCAGACUCCCCUGUUACCGCUCGUGGACUCAGCAAACGAGAGCGACGAAUCGCGGUUGAGCGCAUCAGAGAGAAUCAGACUGGUGUGGAGAAUAAGCAUCUGAAGCCGUACCAGAUCCUUGAAGCUUUCAUGGAUUAUAAGCUCUAUAUGUUUUUCAUUUUGGGUGUUGUUUGCAAUGUUCCCAAUGGUGGAAUCUCUAAUUUCGGUACGAUUAUUAUCAAGGGUUUCGGCUACUCAACCUUGAUCACAACCAUUCUGCAGAUCCCCUACGGAAUUUUCAUAGCUCUUUCCAUUCUGGCCUGUGUCUACCUUAAUGACCGGUUCGAAAAUCGGCGCUGCGUGUUUGUUCUGAUCUUCUUGAUUCCAAAUUUGGCUGGCGCCUUCGGUCUACGCUUUGUGCCAACAGAUCAGCAUGUUGGUCGGCUCAUCUGCUACUAUCUGACUGGGCCGUACAAUGCCGCAUUUGUGCUCGUUCUGAGCAUGCAGAUUGCGAAUACAGCCGGUCACACCAAGAAAGUUGUCACUAAUGCGGUUCUUUUCCUCGGAUACUGCACCGGUAACAUUGCAGGCCCGUUUUUUUACAAGACGGAUCAGUCGCCAACAUACACACUGGGGAUUUGGUCUAUGAUUGUUUCGCAUCUGAUCGAGGCUUGCCUUAUUACCAUACUUGGCCUUCUACUUCGAUGGGAAAAUAAGAAGCGUGAUCGUAUCCAGUCACAAAUGGAGGGAGGACUGGAAGGCAGAGACUUAGAUUCUACUGCCUUCUUGGAUCUGACAGAUCGCGAAAAUUUGAAGUGA